AUGAAUUUCACCCAGCACCGUGGGACACUCCAGCCUCUCCAUUUCUGGAACCACAGCUAUGGACUGCAUGGAGGUGCCAGCGAGCCAAAUGGAAAAGGCCAUUCCGCAGGAGGCUGUUACGAGCAACUCUUUGUAUCCCCUGAAGUGUUCGUGACUCUAGGCAUCAUCAGCUUGCUGGAAAAUGUCUUGGUCAUUGUGGCGAUAGCCAAGAACAAGAACCUCCACUCACCCAUGUACUUCUUCAUUUGUAGCUUGGCAGUGGCUGAUAUGCUAGUGAGUGUAUCUAAUGGAUCAGAAACCAUUGUCAUCACGCUGCUAAACAGUACAGACACAGAUGCACAGAGCUUUACCAUAAACAUUGACAAUGUCAUUGACUCAGUGAUUUGCAGUUCCUUGCUUGCAUCAAUUUGCAGUCUUCUCUCAAUAGCAGUGGACAGGUACUUUACUAUAUUUUAUGCUCUCCAGUACCAUAACAUCAUGACGGUGAAGCGCGUAGGGGUCAUCAUCACAUGCAUAUGGGCUGCUUGCACAGUCUCAGGCAUUUUGUUCAUCAUUUACUCUGACAGCAGUGUUGUCAUCAUUUGCCUUAUUAGCAUGUUCUUCACUAUGCUCAUUCUCAUGGCAUCCCUCUAUGUCCACAUGUUUAUGAUGGCUCGGACGCAUAUCAAAAAGAUUGCUGUUCUUCCAGGGACUGGCCCUAUUCGCCAAGGGGCCAACAUGAAAGGGGCCAUCACUCUCACCAUCCUGAUUGGAGUUUUUGUUGUGUGCUGGGCUCCAUUUUUCCUGCAUCUGAUUUUCUACAUCUCCUGCCCCUACAACCCUUACUGUGUGUGUUUCAUGUCCCACUUUAACUUCUACCUUAUCCUCAUCAUGUGCAAUUCCAUCAUAGACCCACUUAUCUAUGCAUUCCGGAGUCAGGAGCUCAGGAAAACAUUCAAGGAGAUAAUAUGCUGUUGUAGCCUGAGAGGGUUUUGUGAUUUGCCUGGCAAAUAUUAA